AACCAAUCGGAGCAGAGACUGCAGUGUGUAGCGUGAGGGUGAGGAUCGGUCGGACAGGCCUUUUGUAUGUUAUUGUGUGUGUGUGUUAGAGGCACCACAGAUGGACUGUGUUUUCUUAACUCAUGUCUAUGGUCAUCCCAAUCUUAUUAAGAUCUGCUGUUGCAUCCUUCCUCCUCCUGCUCCUCCUCCUCCUCCUCCUGCUCCUCCUCCUGCUCGUCUUCUCUCUCUCUCUCUCCGUCUCUCUCUCUGUGUCUCUUUCACCUGACUGCCCCUCUGCUGCUGCUGCUUCUGCUCUCGUUGCUGCUACCGACAGAGACGUCACACGACUGGACAAGCAGCUCUCCCUCUCUGUCUUCUACACACACACACACACGCACGCACACAAACACUUUUGCCAGAUGAAAAUGUCAGAAGAGGAAGAGACUCCGGCAAACGGGUGCUCGCGGUCAGAGCUGUCGCUGGCUCUGGAGGACUGCAUGGCCGCCCUGGAUCUGUUCCUCAGAAACGACUUUGAGAAGGCGCAGGCUCGGCUCAGAUCCAGAACCAAAGACAGCAUGUACCACGCUCUGACCUACGCCACCAUCCUGGAGAUGCAGGCUAUGAUGACCUUUGACCCGCAACACAUCCAGAUUGCAGGAAACACGAUGAAAGAGGCCCAGGCUACCUGUCAGCGACAACGCAAGAAGUCGAGCUUCUCCAAGAGCUUCACAGAAGAGGAGCUUCACGCUGAGGUUUGCUACGCUGAGUGUCUCCUGCAGAGGGCAGCACUCACCUUCCUUCAGGAUGAAAACAUGAUCAGUUUCAUCAAAGGAGGAAUCAAAGUCAGGAACAGCUACCAGACAUACAAAGAGCUGCACACAGUCCUCCACUCUUCCGGGUACACUCAGGGUGAAAACCACGGCCAUUUUGAGGGGGGUGUUAAACUGGGAGUCGGAGCCUUUAACCUAAUGAUUUCCAUGUUGCCCACGCGGACGCUCAAGCUGCUGGAGUUUGUGGGUUUCACUGGAAAUAAGGAGUUUGGUCUUCAGCAGCUUCAGGAGGGUUCCGCGGAAAGCACGUUCAGGUCCUUUCUUUGUAACAUGCUGCUGCUCUGCUACCACACCUUCAUGAGCUUCAUACUUGGCACUGGGGAAGGAGAUGUUGAAGAUGCAGAGAAACUGUUGCAGCCAUAUCUCGAAAAAUAUCCACAGGGAUCCAUCUUCCUUUUCUUCGCUGGUCGAAUAGAAGAGAUCAAAGGCAACUUGGACGCUGCCAUCAAGCGUUUUGAGGAGUGCUGCGAGGUGCAGCAGGAGUGGAAACAGUUCCACCACAUGUGCUACUGGGAGCUGAUGUGGUGCUUCACAUACAAGAGGCAUUGGAAGAUGGCCUACUUCUACGCUGACCUGCUCAGCAAGGAGAACACUUGGUCCAAGGCUACUUAUGCGUAUAUGAAAGCGGCGUACCUCAGCAUGCUGACUCCGGAUGAUUGCCUAACCUUCGGGGAGACUGCGUUCACUCUGUUCAGGCAGGUGCCAGGGCUGAAGCAGAAGAUAGCGGGGAAAUCUUUACCGACUGAGAAGUUUGCGAUCAGGAAAGCCCGUCGCUACCUUGCAGAAAGCCCAAUUGCUCUUCCCGCUCCGCCGCUGGAGAUGAUGUACAUCUGGAACGGCUACACGGUCAUCGGGAAACACAAAGAGCUGACGGAAGGCAUGCUGGCGACGCUGAGUGAGGCUCAAGCUCAACUCGACAGCACACCAAGGUCGGAGUUCACCUUCGAUGACCAGUGUCUGCUGAGCCUCUUGAAGGGACUGUGUCUCAAACACCUGGGGCGUCACGAGGAAGCCGAACAAUACUUUACCCUCAUCCUCUGCAAUGAGUCGCAGAUCAAGUAUGACCACUACCUGGUUCCUAAUGCCCUGCUGGAGCACGGCCUGCUGUGUCUGGAGCAAGGCAGGAGGGCUGAAGCUAUCAGACUCCUAGAAACUGCAAAGCAAAAUUACAAGCACUACUCGAUGGAGUCACGUACCCACUUCCGUAUUCAGGCUGCUCUGCAUAAGGCCAAGGGAGCGGGGGUGAACGGCAUCAGUGUUUCCUCCAGCCCAUAACAGGCAGCGGAGGACACACUAGAGCAGAGACAGCUUCUUCCGACUGUAGUCCCACUAUUUUACACUUAGCCCGGGCCGGCCCCGCCUUUUUAGGCUGGCGAUUUUGUUUUUUUUUUGUCUUUUUUUAUCAGAAGGGUAGGAGAAGAUGGAGGCUCCCUUUCGGGGGCAACUGCUGCUCCGUGUGGCCCCGACAAGAUAAGUCAGGUUUGCUACGUCCUCUUCAAGAGAAACGUAUUAUGAAACUUCAGCAUAAAGGCCACCAAUAAGGGCCGCACACGGGUAUGAAACACGGUGAUGGUGUAGUUUAUACUGCAAACUGCCUCCAUUACUACCCCAGGAUAAAAAUGUGCCCAGGUCAGGGUGAUGUCCCAAAUACCCCCCUGAUUAAUUACCGACCCUAACUACACCUGAACAGCAGCACCAUUGACUUUGUUGGUACAAAGCUCUGCCACCUACCUUAAUUUAAAUGAAAGAUUAUUGAUUAAAUGACUUGAAAAUGUUUGACAUCAGGUACUUAUACACAAGGACUGUUAAAGAGAACAGUUAAAAGGGUCUCACCUUUAAUUAAGAUAUUUGAUCGAAUCCAAUAUGACCUAAAUCAAUUAUUAAUUACAUAAAAAAAGUAUUUAUACGUUGGAUUCACUUUUACUCCAUAAAUGGCAAUUUAUAGAUUGAGUGAACCUUUUAUUGUUUCAGAAGGAAAUGUCUUAAUGUGGAAUAGGUACUUCUGCAGAACUACUUGGAUCUUAAACCUUGUUGUAUUUACAGUCACGUGGAAUGGCUUUUGCACAGAGCUUUGCAAACUCUCCGGAGUGAAAUAAUCAGAGUUUCAGUGAGAGUUGUUCUUUACAUGUAUAUACUGUAAAUGGCACCUUUUACACAAAUUGUCCUGUUUUGAGAGGACAGAUGAAUGUGUCUUUUAGAAAGGCAGACUCCCUCCUUUUCUCCUCCCGGCUUGCGGGACGGGCUCCAACAGUACUUGAGCUUCAACAAAUAGGCCAUUCAUGGCGAGCGGCGAAGGACUGCCUGCUUGUCCGUCUGUUGCAUCUUUAGUGAGUGAAGAAGCUCCGUACGGGAACCACCACCGUCAUCCUGCUUUGUGAAUGUCUUCUGCUGCUCCUUUAUCUCCCAUGCUUGACUACAGCCAUCUAUCAAGGGACAUGGGCACCAUAACCAUACUCAAAUAAUAAUCUGUAUAUGUGCAAACACUUGUAAUGAUUGAUGAUAAGGCAGAACGGGGUCACCUCUAAUCGUGUUGGAGGUUAUUUGAAGGGCUAUCUCAGUCCAAAACCUGGAACCUCAGAUGGUGUCUCAAGUGUUGGAAUAAGAGCACUGCUGAUUUAUUCAUGAUUAGACGAAAGUUUGGGAUUCAAGACAAUAACUAAAAGUCGGUUUCAAUUCUUUAAUGGUGAAGGAAAUGUACUUUAAAUAUACUCUAAACAGCUCUCGUGAGGACAAACAAAUUUCAUUUACUGAUUGAUCAAAAGUAUUUUUAAUCAAUUAGUUUUAAAAAUAUAGCUGAAAGGAACUAACCAAAUUUAGUGGCAUUGUGAUGUUUACAAUCAGUAUGUUUUAAUCGGCACGGCUACUUUUGAGCAGAAUGACAUUCCUGUAGAUGUUUCUAUUAUAAUUUAAGAUGUUAUGAUGAUAAGCAACUAAAAAAAACACAUCCCCA